GCGGAAGUUGCUCGUUGAAUUCACCGACUCAGAAAGAGGGGUUCACAGUCCUGUCAACAGACGCUCUAGGAAUGACAACUGUAUAGUAACUAAUGGGUUUCUACAAGAAGGGAAGGAGUAAUCAGUUGCCAGCCGUGUUCGUGAUUGUCUGAAGGAUUCAGAGAUCAUGUCAGCAGUAAAGAUUGCCCUGCGUCUGAGCCAAAAAAAUGGCAGAAAAAAACCCUCUGAAAAGACGUCUGCGGAGGUGUCGCCUGACUCCAAGUGUCCCAUCUGUUUGGACACAUUCAGCAACAUUUCCUGCCUGGACCGUUGCCUUCACAGGUUCUGUUUCCGCUGCAUUCUUGAGUGGUCCAAGAACAAAGCAGAGUGUCCACUGUGUAAACAGCAGUUUAAUUCAAUUUAUCACAGUAUAAAAUCGGAGCAAGACUUCAAGAAGUAUGACCUGCAGCCAGUGGACAAUGGCUCUUUUGGUUAUUUUCAGGGAGUGCGGUUUAGAUACCGUACAACUCUCACCGCAGCCCAACGACAGAUGCGAGGAAGGAUGUCUCCAGCUCAAGACAUUGGUAUAAUGUCUGAAGGCCCAACAAAUUCUUCCCAACAGCGGCCAGACCGUUACAUGCGGCGCAUGAUGAUGAGGCUGGCAACCCAAAGGAGAGCGGCGAGGGAAGGCAGGGCGGUGGCCAAUGUCCGAGAGCAAGAAAUGAUAAACUUUAGACGGGAGCUAUACCGACGCGGGGUGAGGGUUCGAAAUGUUCGGGAUGGUGGCCGCUCCCGAGACACCUCAGCUGAGUUUUACCGAAGAAAUCCAGCCUGCCUUCACAGACUAAUCCCCUGGCUGAAAAGAGAACUAAAUGUGUUAUAUGGGACCCAUGGCUCUUUGGGCAACAUGGUUCAGCACAUCAUCAUGUCACACAUUACACGUUAUGACAUGGAAGAUGGAGCUAUUCAGGAAGAGCUCAGGCACUAUCUCCAUGGUCACACAGAGCACUUUAUGCACGAGUUCAUCAGCUUUGCAAAGUCCCCAUUCAAUAUGGAGGCGUAUGAUCAGCACGCUGUCUAUGACUGCCCAGCCCCUUCCUCAAAUGAAGACAGCAGCUCCAGUUCAUCUAUAAUUGCCAUCUCAGAGGAUGAAGAGAACUCUAUGGAGGUGAACCAUCCAGAAGACUCCACUUUGAGCCACGCUGUGUGGGAUGAUGAGACACCUGGGCCGUCAUAUUCUACGACAGCAGAACAGGGCAGAACAGAGCGUCUGUCAAUCCCAGACUCAGACUCUGACAGCAGUUUGGAAGAAGAGACACAAGAAUUUGGGACUUCUCCACAGCAAAUGAGUUCUCUUAACCAAACAGACCUGACUCAGGGCGAACGCAAUAAUGAAGAGUGUGUGUUUUCUGACAGUGAUGACUGUGUCAUCGUGGGUUUUGUUAAACCAACAGCAGAUCGGACUCCUGAGGUGGUUCAGCUCUCCUCUGACUCCGAGUGGUCUGCCAAUGAAGAUACUCAAGAAGUGCCUCUUCAACCUCAGCAUAUUCGUUUCACCAGUUGCAGUCCAGCAACUUUACAGAGCAGUGAUCGCAGUGGGGCUGGAUUAUCAGAAAAUAUAGAAACCGAUGAUCAUCGCCACUUGGGUUCAAAAGAAAGAUCUAGCAGCUGCAAGACAUCCAGCAAGUCAGACAGAAAAGGUUCGGGUAGAAGAUUUGACAGUAAAGAGAGAUCUAGGGAGAAGCACAGAUCAAAGGACAGACACCAUAGGAGAAAGAGGUCAAAAAGUAGAGAACGCAGGCACUCUAGCAGAAGCCCGAUGAUCUCCCACAGCAGUGUCAGCACUUAUUCUGCUGAAAGAAGUUAUUCUUACUCCGGUGGCAGAGACCACUCCAGAUGUGACAGAUAUAAUAGGGACAGUGAUUACACCUACCAGUCAUAUAGCCAUUACACCCAAGAGAGAAAUGAUAGUGGCCUGCAUUACACACAGAGGCACUCCUACUAUUACAGUAGACGCAAGUGCUCAGUUUUCCGUUCUCGCUCCAGGAGCCGCAGCAGAGACACUCAGAGGUGGGACAGGAGGCGCUCUCGAUCCAGGACUUAUUCCAGCAGUUGCUCCCCUUCUGCAAAAAAAAAAUAUCACCAUGACAAGCCUGGUGGGAAGAGGAAAUACAAAAGAAGACAUCUAGAGGAUCCUUCCAGUACCACAGUGUCUAACCCCUAUGCAGAAGGCGACUCCUCAGCAUUAAAAAAACAUAAGAAAAAAAGCAAAGAGAAGCACCGUAAAAAAUCCAAAGAGAAGUCUCGAAAGACCAGCAGGAGUCUCAGCGUGGAGCUCCUCAAUGAGGAAAAGGCACACGAGCGAAGCAGGCGUCACCAUAAGAAAAAGAAGAAACAUAAGAAGAAAAGCAAAAGGCACAAGAGUAAUGAACUCACGGAGAAGCACUCACCCGCUAUCAUUACCAUUGAUAGUGACAGCGAUUCUUUUGCCAAUGAUACUAUCAUUCAGGCCAGUAGUGCUGAUAAUAAGCCCAUGGAAAAUUGUACAGAUGACACAGCAGACCCUGCCGUUACAGAUUCACUGUUGUAAUCAUAUUUCAGAUUUACCCUCAGCUGCUAAAGCCUGCCACCAGUGUUUUAAGAUCACAACAGUGUUCAGUAGGGUGAAAGCACAUAUCAUUUAAAUGCCACGUCAAAUGUUUGCUACAGUGAUGUUUCACAGGACACUGAGACAAAGAAAGAAUGAUGUAUACAUAAUAAGAGAUAUGAUCUUUUUAGGUCUCAGUGGUCUGAUUUCUUCACUACCACUUGAAACAAUCCUUUUUAUGUGCUAUGUGCUACUAUAAGUAAGACGAAUGGAAUAAUAUUGAGAAUGUCCCAUCUUUUUUUUUUUAAAGUCAGUUCUUAUUCUGCGAAUUCUGUUGUAUUAUGUGCUGAGGUUUUCUCAGGGUUAAUGUUGAUUACAAGUUGUGUGUUGUCAUAACUCAGCUAUAAUCUGGAGACAAAAGAAUAUGAUGAUUUGAUUUCAGAAUAAAUUCUUUUGUAUUAAAUUUUAUUUCUAAAUAAAUUUUAAAGAAUCAUUGUGUGUCUGGGAAAA